UACAUCUAGAAUUGACAACGUUUCUUAACUCUUCGUGCGAACCCCGACGACGAAAUCAUUCCAUCCAGCCGUCGAAGCCGUGUUCUCGGGGGUUUGGGAUUGUGAUUUUGUAUAAUUCUAUAUAGUAAAUGUGCCAACAAUUAAACAAAACGAAGAAAAAGUGAAACGAUCGAGCUAACUGCAAAGCUGCUCUUAAGGAUCUGCCGAGCCCGCAUUAUCUGUGAUAUACAGCUCAGCCUCUCGUCCGUCCUAUAAGGUCAUUUUGUUGUAGGGCUGGGCCAAUUGGGGCUAGAGGCGAGUCCGCAGCAGCUUCCAGCGGUGAUCUCACCCUGCCCUCUGCCACAGAGGCACAAACACUGCUACCUGCUUUAUUGACUGCAUCACUACGAACCAUUGUUACUUAGUCUAUAAUUGAAACAAUAUGCAAUCUGUGAAAAUAAGUAUAAUACUAGGUGGAUAUUGUAGAAAAUUAUUCUAUUUAUAAUAAUUGUCUGAUGUCUAAUGUUUCUGUAAUAUUAUGUGUUCCACAUUUAAUUAAGGAUAAUUGUUACUCCAAUAUUGAUACUGUUACCGAACCAAUGCAAUGUAAUUAUUCCACCUCAAUGUUGGUGGUGUACACAAAUAAAUUUGGUGCUUAUAAGCGAGUCGAAGAGAAGGAUGAAAGUCAGCAAAUUAGAAUAAAAAUGGUAGAUAAUAAUAUUUAUAAUGUAGAGUUUGUUGAUAGUAUCCAACAAAACCAAAUGAUUGGCGAUACGCCUAACUACUGCAUUCCUUUAAAGAUUAACGCCAUAACAGUCCAGGGUAUCUCAUACAGUGACCCGUAUUUCAGUAGCUUUAACUUAAACUAUAAGAUGGCGUUGGGAGCGCCAGAGUAUAUGAACAAGUCUGAUUACGCUUUUAAAUCCUCAGUUUGUAUUAUACGAGAUGAGCCUUGCAUGGAUAAGACGCAACUACUAAACGAAAAGUCUAUUCAUAAAAUGAUAUGCAAAACGAAAACUCGAAUGAUUACUUAUAACGACAAGUCUGUAGAAACCAACCAUGACAAUAAAGUAUUGGAAGUUGGUAAUGAAACAUCAACUAGGCCAGUAUUGAAGACAUUCGCUAAUGGCGAUUUAACUUUCGACGCUAUGUUGGAACUAAUAGAAAAGGAAGGAGAGAUUAUUAAAGAAAUGGCUAAGACUAAUGAAUUAGAUUCUUGGGGUGUUCCACGACGACUUCGGCUGCAGGGUGGAGGAGAAAGUUCUCUCAAUGCUGCAAGUGGGUGGGGCAGUCCACCUGCAUCUAAUAGUGCUGGAAAUUGGGGUGGUAAUUCCAGUGGCCAAACCAACAAUGGAACCAACAAUACUCAGCAGUGGAAUAACACUCAACGACCACCCACUGCGCAAACUGACAUGAACAGUAACAAGGGAAAUGGCAAUCAAUUGCCACCAACUAGUGGAGCAUCACAAAGUUGGCAAACAUCACCACCAAAUAUGCCAAAUGCACAAAAUAAUAAUGGUGCACCCCAAAGUAAUGGCACAAAUAAUACUGCGAAUGGUAAUAAUGGAGUUAGCAACCCGUCUAAUCCUAAUGCAAAUUCCAAUGGUGUGUCAACGGCUAUAGGAAAUAAUGGCAACCCAAAUAAUACUUCAGCCAAGAUAGAGCAGUUAAACUCUAUGAGAGAGGCUUUAUUCAGUCAGGACGGCUGGGGAGGUCAACAUGUGAACCAAGAUACUAAUUGGGAUGUACCUGGAUCUCCUGAACCAGGAGCAAAGGUAGAGCCAGCUGCUGCUGGGGCACAGCCAGCUUGGAAGCCCAAUGUAAACAAUGGUGCUUUCCUUGGAACUGAUCUCUGGGAAGCAAAUUUGAGAAAUGGUGGUCAACCUCCACCUCAGCCUGCAACAAAGACUCCAUGGGGUCAUACUCCUACAACAAACAUAGGCGGUACUUGGGGUGAAGAUGACGAUGCCGCCGAUUCGGCAAACGUUUGGACUGGUGCACCACCUCCACAACAAUGGCCUGCGGGUCCCCCACAACAUUCCCAGCAAUGGGCAGUACCAAAGAAGGAUGAUUGGAAUGCUUGGGGUGAGCCUCACAGGUCUUCUGACCCGAGACUCGAUCCUCAUCGCACUCCUGAUCCUAGACAGCAACCUGCCGAUCCGCGUCACGAUCUCCGUGGAGGAAUAUCCGGUCGAUUAAAUGGUGACAUGUGGAAUCAGCACCAUCAACACCCCGGUGGCCCCAAUAAAAUGAUGCCGUCCGGUGGCGUUAAUCAAUGGGGUGCACAGGGUCCAAAAGAGACGAUUAAAUCGUCAGGAUGGGAGGAGCCAUCUCCGCCGGCAGCGCGACGUGCAGGAACCGGGUUCGAUGACGGUACGUCCCUAUGGGCCCAGCGUGGUAUGGGCGGUAUGUCUCGCGGCGCACCGCAAGGGCCCCCCGCACCUCAACGCAUUGCACCUGCACCCUCCAAGCCGGAUGCCGUCUGGGGCGCGCAUUCGCAACGUAACGGCUCAUGGGAGGACUCGCACGCGGCCGCAGCCUGGGGUGAGCGUGAUGUGUCCGGGUGGCCCGACGUCACUGGACCUGCACUCUGGCCAGUGCCGAAACCGAAGCCAUCCGGUCCGGCCGCCGCCUGGCCUGAUGAUAUCGGAGAGUGGGGCGGCCCUAAACCGCCACAAAGCGGUGCGCUCGGAAAGCAACUGCCUAAGGAGAUGGUUUGGAACAGCAAGCAGUUUAGAUAUCUCGUGGAGAUGGGUUACAAAAAGGAAGAGGCUGAAGCAGCUUUACGUAGUCGUGACAUGAACACUGAGGAGGCUCUUGAGAUGCUGACUGCGACACGAGGUGAUGGAUGGCGGCGUGAUGAGCACUUUCACCAUGGACCCUUCCAGCCCCAACCUACGGUACCAGUGUCGCCUGCUGUCGUGCAGAAACUUCUUAACCAGCCACCACCACCAUCUGUGCAGCAUCAUCCUUCUUAUAACCCCAACAGUGGAACCGGCAGUAGCGGACAACCAAGCACGGCCCAGCUACGUAUGUUGGUACAGCAAAUUCAAAUGGCAGUCUCAGCGGGAUAUCUGAACCAUCAGAUCUUGAAUCAGCCACUUGCACCACAAACGCUAGUGCUACUCAACCAGCUGUUGCAACAAAUUAAAGUGCUGCAACAAUUCGUACAACAGCACACCCUUGCUAUAUCAAAGGCGAAUUCAUCCCUUGCAUUGCAGUAUUCGAUGCAAAUUACAAAGGCUAAGCAACAAAUUGCAGGCCUUCAGAACCAGAUAACGACACAGCAAGCUCUCUAUAUGAAACAGCAAGCCGGAGGUUCCGACUUGUUCAAACAGAGCCAUGACCCCCUGUCUCAUUUGCAGAACAACUUUAGUGACAUGAGUAUCACAAAGGACACUCAAUCUGCUUAUGGUGCAAGUGGUAACCAGCAAUCUCGCCUGACUCAAUGGAAGUUGCCAUCACUGGAUAAAGAUGGCGAAGGCACUGAUUUCAGUCGUGCUCCUGGAACAGCUAAGUCCGCAACCAGCCCACAGCUUAACCAGAUUGGAUUACAGCAGGAUACCACGUGGGGCGUGGGGCGCGGCGGCGAGGGCUGGGGCGACGGCGGCGCCGACGUGGCGGACGGCAAGGACGCGUGGCCCUCGCACCCCGUGCACCCGCCCGUGUACGACCUGGUGCCCGAGUUCGAGCCCGGCAAGCCGUGGAAGGGUAAUCAAAUGAAGAACGUCGAAGAUGAUCCCGCUAUGACGCCGGGAUCGGUCGUUCGUUCACCUCUUUCGCUCACCGCUAUAAAAGACAGUGAUAUGCUCGGAGGGAAGACUUCGCCUCCUGGGGGCGAACGGUCCCUCUCCUCAUCGACUUGGAGCUACGCUCCACCUGCGACCAGCGCCGGAGGCUUGAAGCCUGCGGAUGCUUGGGGAGCUAAGCCUCGUCCCGCACCUCCCGGCCUCAAUAAAUGGCCUCAGCAUCAUGUCAACGCGCGCGCUGUGCCUUCGUGGCAAGCGUCUACCUGGCUACUAUUGAAGAACCUCACUGCACAGAUCGAUGGAUCGACUCUGAAGACGCUCUGCGUGCAGCACGGGCCCCUGCAGAACUUCCACCUCUACCUCAACCAGGGACUGGCCCUCGCGCGCUACUCCACUCGGGAGGAGGCCGCUAAGGCUCAGAUGGCUCUGAACAACUGCGUGUUAAGCAACACUACGAUCUUCGCGGAGUCGCCGGCGGAGUCCGAAGUGCAGAUGAUCCUGCAGCACCUGGGCUCGGGCGGCGGCGGCGCCUGGCGCGGCGGCGGCGCGAAGGACGGCUGGGGCGGCGGCUUCCCCGGGCUGUGGCCGGAGCAGCACGAGCAGCGCGCCACGCCGUCGUCGCUGAACUCGUUCCUGCCGCCGGACCUGCUCGGCGGGGAGUCCAUCUAAGCGCCGACGCAGGAGUCUAGUUGUAAUUACGCUUCGCCGCCUCCGGGCGGACACUUCAUUCGCCUAGUCACGUCGAGCCGCAGCCGACUGUCCACAAUACUAUAUUCUACUGUUUCGUAAGUGUUCACGUAGAUUACUUAGUGUACAUAAGAAUUAACAUAUGCGCUGGGGCGGGCGCGCGGGUGAGACGCGCGCGCUCGUCGCGUCCGCGUCGACGGAAUUACCAAAUAAUAUAAGCUAUCGGAGUAGAGUAGUUGCGUCGCGGGCUACCUCAGUCACUCGUCCCGUGACCUUAUUUUAGUAUGUAUUUAUUUUGUUGCGCUCGAGGGCUGUUGCUGUUUCGCCCGUCGAGCUGUUGCGUUCCGAGUUUCUUUCGUGUUUAUUUUUAUUUGUGUUUAUCUCGCAUAUGCUGUACGUAUUUUAUGAUUAUUUAUUCCGUUUUUAAAUUCUCACUCGCGAUGAGCCUUCGUUUUUCCAGUAGUGAUAUUUAAUUCAGCAAUAAAUGUUUAUGUGCAUUUCGCCCGAUUGUCGAAAGUUUUAUUAUUAGUUGGUAAUUUUAAUGAGAGUAACAAAAAUUGUAAUCGAUGAGAUUCGAAGUGCAUUCUUGUAGAGAUAAAUUCCUUUAAGCCGUAUAGUCUGAGCGGGAAGGCGCAUCUUGCCAGUCGUGGGGCUCCGCAGCCUCCGCCGAUGCUAAAAAUUUCCCAAAAUUUUUUCCAGUAUUUGUGAUUCAAGUGCCACUUUAUGUUUAAUAUAUGAAACGAUUAUCUAGAUUAUACGAUUAAUGUAAGGGUAACCUAAUAUAUUAAAUUGAAAAUUGUUUUAUCAUUUUAUAUUACAUACAUUUGUGAGAAGUGUUAUAAAGUACUAUAAUUGACCGUAAUUUAAAUAUUACACUUUUGUGUAUAGGUAAGAAUAAAGUUCUAACUUAAAUUUAGCCAUAUCAAUAUCUAUUUAAUAAAAGAUUUGUGGUAUUUUCUAUAGGCUCAAUUUGAACGUUAUUCAAAGUGACAUAUGCUUUAGAUAUUCUGUUAAUAAUAUACUUGUAGUCGUAGGUCUCUCGGUAUUACAUCAUAGUAGCUGUAAGUUUACACUUAAGUCCUAUCGUAGGUUACGAUAAGCAUACAAUUGAUAUUUUAUGGCAACGAUCGCACUUGUAAAUGUUCGUUAUGAUAAAAGUUUAUUUACAUUUUUAUUUACUAUUUAAUUUAUUGAUGGUGUGCCACAGAGAUACUCUGCCAAAAUAUAUCAUUACCAAUAUGUAACGGGGUUAGCUACGUCGACAGGCGAGGCGAAGCGAGGCGAGGUGAGGCGAGGCGAGGCGAGGCGAGACCCACCACGCUUGAUCCGAACGAUCGGUCACAGAAAGCGAUUGACUAAAAUAAUGUACAUUAUAUGUAUUUUGAGCAUCUUCCAGUGAUCUUUGAAUUAAACGUACGAUCGUAGUGCUAAGUUAGGUGUUAAGUAAUCGCUGUACCUUAUCGAGUCUCGCGCUCGAGGACUCUUCACAAAUUAAAUAAGUUAAGUGAUUGCGAUGUGGAAAGUAUUUGUGCGUUUGGACUCUUCGACCGCUUCGAACCCUUAGAUUAUAGUGUUAAAUGUUUCGAUGUAUGAUGUGUUCAAUUAGAAACAAUAUUAGCAUUUCUCAUUACUGUGUAUCACCUAUAUAGGGACCUAUUCUAACGGUAUUAAUGUCACCGUUGUCAGUUGCAUAUUCUCAUCGCCUUUCGUCAGUCGCUUGUAACGAUACGAUCAUCUAGUUCAAUCGUGACCAGUUACAUAUUAUAACAUAUUUUUACUACAGCAUUUUGGAUGUUAAUACUAUUAUUGAAGGCACUGUAUAUGCAACGAAGGAAACCCAACGGUUUUGCCUACUCGAAGGCCUUAUCGCAGACCUUGUCGACACGACGUAUAUUGUUAGGUGCCAAAGAAUGAGUAUCAAAGAUGAUGAUGUUUGGAACGAAAUUGAUUGCAUCUCUGCUUAGACAUAUCUUCCAAAUUAAUUUUGAAAUUAGUUUUCGGUACGGGUUUUUGAUCUGAUGUUCCUAUUCCAUUCGUGUUACGUGUACGCAACAAAGCGCAAGCCGCUUAACAGUCAACAUGUCAAUUCUAUUGUUGUCGAGCUCAAUUUUAUGUGAGGGUGUUUCUUUUUAAUCGAUUCGAUAGGGUUAAAUAAAAAUAUAUAAUUUUAGUUAACUGGUGUCGUUUCUGUCCACGUCUACACCGAUCGAUGAUGCCUCAAUCGCAGUAAGUAGUCUGGUCGGAACGUGAAUUUAUUACAGCAAUAAAGUUCGACAUUUAAUUUUUAUAAAAAUUUUCAAUUAAAGAAAAAAAAUUAGACAAGCCGAGUAACCGAAAGUAUAAUGAUCCAGUGCCCUGUAGAAUACGUUGUCCAUAGAUUAAA